AUGGCUUCGGAUUUCCUUCUUCACUUUUAUUUUCUCGUUGCUUCUACAUUUAUGUUGCUCACAUCGGCUGCGAAUUUAAGUGAUAUUGCUACCACCUGGCCUUCCAACCACGCUGUUAGGAUAGACGGGGAUAUUAUCAUUGGUGGUUUGUUGAGGGUUCAUCAAUCCUCGGACAAGCAUGUAUGUGGACAACUUCUUCAACAAUUGGGGAUCCAAUCCGUUGAAGCGAUGCUUUACACAUUGGAUAAGAUCAACAAUGGGUCUAUAUUGCCUGGAUUUACGCUGGGGCUUCUAGCUUUCGAUGACUGCAGCCAUGAAGCGUACUCUUUGGAACAAUCGGUGAAGUUUGUUCGAUUAGACCAGGACCUGGAUUAUAUUGUGGAUCCGACCGGGGCGGAACAGCCAGCCUGUAACAUGAACGAUUCUCUGGAUGAUGCUUGGAGGAAGAGGCGAAAUCGUGGAUCACGGGUCACGGGAGUUGUCGGGGCGUCAACCAGCUGGUGCACCGUACAGGUGGCGAAUCUUCUAAAGCUCUUCAAAAUACCACAGGUCGGUAAAAUAUCAAUAUCAUUGUUCUAUAUAGUAGAUCUAAAACUAUUGUUUCACGAGAUAUCGGCUUCAAUGGGCAAUUAG